AUGCCAGAGUUCCUCUUGUCACUGCUACUCCUGGACCAGCUUCUGCAUCAAUCGGGGGGCAAGGUGAAUCUGGCCCAGUGCAAAGCGAACGGACGACUCCCUGCGCAACACCAAUACUAUCAGCCAGGAGAAAUCCUCAUUGGUGGGAUCGUCUCUCAGCUUUUCUUCCCAACGUUCGCUCCAAUUUUGUUUGAGAAAGACCCCCAGAGAAUGGUUGUCAAUGAUUAUAUCAUGGUGUUGAAGAACUAUCAGCAUGUCUUGGCUUUGGUGUUUGCGGUGAAGGAGCUCAAUGCAAGCCCCCAGAUUCUGCCCAACCACACUUUGGGGUUCCAUAUCUACGAAAGCUAUUUUAGCGCAAGGAAGAGUUUCCAGAACACCCUGAACCUUCUCUUUACUCGGAAGCAGACUAACCUCAACUAUGAAUGUGACAUGGAGAAGAAUCCGAUAGUCGCCAUUGGUGGCCACGACUCUGAAACGUCUCUUCACAUGGCCACCAUUUUAGGCCUCUACAAGAUUCCUCAGGUUGCGUAUUGCUUACUUCCUCCAGAAGUGACUGGUAAAAUUCAGCAACCUUCCUUGUACCGGAUGGUCCCCAAUGAAGAACAUCAGUACACUGGAAUUGUCCAACUUUUGCAGCAUUUCCAGUGGAAAUGGGUCGGAAUCAUUGCAAUGAAUGAUGAUAAAGGAGAAAUGUUUGUGCAGAACUUGGCUCACAAGCUCUCCGAGAACGGCGUCUGUCCUGCCUUCACUGAAAGGGUGCCUGAUCAGAGUUCAUUUUUAGAUAGUGUUGAUAUUGAAGAACAGUGUUAUAAGAUCGGUUUUCUCUUGUCCAGGACAAAUGUCAGUGUGUUUGUUGUAAAUGCAGAGACUCAGACAAUGACCGGUUUGCAGUGGAUACUCACAGUAAUGACUCAACAAUAUGACCGUAUACCUACACGCAAAGUGUGGGUAAUGACAGCCCACUGGGAUUUCUCAUCAGAAUCAUUCCAUAUAGGGAUGGAUAUAGAAGCCUUCCAUGGCUCCUUGUCCUUUGCAGGGCCUUCCAGUGAGGUGAAGGGAUUCCAAAAUUUCCUUCAGAUCUUGAAUCCCCUGUCCAAAGAAGAUGGUUUCAUCCGAGUCUUCUGGGAGCAGGCGUUCAGCUGUUUAUUUCUCAGCAUGGAAGAGAGUGAGCAAGACUGCACUGGGGAAGAGGAUCUAGGGAGCCUUCCUGCACUAUUUUUUGAAAUGAGUAUGACAAGCUACAGCUAUGCCAUCUACAGUGCUGUGCAUGUCGUGGCACAUGCUUUCCAUGCUAUGUUUUCAUCCAGAAGCAAAUCUAGGAAAGCAGUGGGUGGAGACAAUCUGGAGCCACAGAAGGCCCAACAUUUCCAGGGAGAGGUUGUGCCAAGGGCAUUGUGUAACGACAACUGCCAUCCUGGUUACCAUAGGAAACAGAAAGAAGGGAAACCGUUUUGUUGCUACGAUUGUGUUCCGUGUCCAGCAGGAAAGAUUUCAGGCCAGAAGGAUGUAGAUGAUUGUUACAAAUGCCCAGAAGAUCAGUAUCCAAACAAGGAGCAAAAUGGAUGCCUGCCCAAGGAUAUCAACUUCCUGUCUUAUGCUGAACCUCUGGGCGUGAGUUUGGCUGUCUCUGCUCUGACUCUUUCUCUGGCCACAGUGGCAGUGCUUGGGAUCUUCAUCAGGCACCAGAACACUCCCGUCGUCAAAGCCAACAACAGGGAACUCUCCUAUGCUCUGCUCAUCUCCCUCCUGCUCUGCUUCCUCUGCUCCUUGCUCUUCAUUGGCCGGCCCGAGAGAGUGACCUGCCUUCUACAACAAACUGCUUUCGGGAUCAUCUUCUCGGUGGCCGUUUCUUCUGUCCUGGCCAAAACCAUCACAGUGAUCCUGGCGUUUGUGGCCACGAGGCCAGGUUCCAGGAUGAGGAAGUGGGUGGGGAAGAGACUGGCAAGCUGGGUGGUUCUUUGCUGUGCAUUCAUUCAAGCAAGCCUUUGCGCUGUGUGGCUGUUCACCAGUCCUCCAGGCCCAGAUGCUGACACGCACUCCGUGCUGGGAGAAGUCAUAUUGAAAUGCAACGAAGGAGCAGGCAGUCUGUUCUAUUAUAUUCUUGGGUACUUGGGGCUUCUUGCCCUUGUCAGCUUCGUCAUCGCUUUCUUUGCCAGGAAGCUGCCCGACUCCUUUAAUGAAGCCAAGUUUAUCACUUUCAGCAUGUUGGUCUUUUGCAGCGUGUGGAUUUCUUUUGUCCCAACUUAUCGCAGCACCAAAGGGAAAUACGUGGUGGCCGUGGAGAUCUUCUCCAUCUUGGCCUCUGGGGCUGGAUUACUGGCCUGCAUCUUUGCCCCCAAAAUGUAUUUAAUUAUUCUGAGGCCUGAACUGAACAACAAGGAACAGCUAAUCAAGAGUAAGAAGGGAAGAAAUCUUUGA